GGCGUUCUCGGGGAGCAGCUGCUGCCGCCGCCGCCUCCGCCAGCACCACCACCACCACCACCACCGCCGCCGCUGCGUUCGGGUGUAGAAUUCGGAAUUCCUGCGUCUGGUUAACAAUGAAGCAGAGUUCGAACGUGCCGGCUUUCCUCAGCAAGCUGUGGACUCUUGUGGAGGAAACCCACACCAACGAGUUCAUCACCUGGAGCCAGCUGGACGAUCAUGACAAGCAGAAGAGAGGAAGAUACACCAAGCCAAUUGACGGCUCCUUUUGGAAAAAUUGUACCACCAAUGACAUCAUCAGCAAAAAUACCCCAACACUACCACAAGUCGCUGCACCAACAGAUAGUUCACAAUGCAUACAGAAUGGCCAAAGUUUUCUGGUCUUGGAUGAACAAAGAUUUGCAAAAGAAAUUCUUCCAAAAUACUUCAAGCACAAUAACAUGGCAAGCUUUGUAAGGCAACUAAAUAUGUAUGGUUUCCGUAAAGUAGUACAUAUUGACUCUGGAAUAGUAAAGCAGGAAAGAGAUGGUCCUGUUGAAUUUCAGCAUCCUUACUUCAAACAAGGCCAGGAUGACUUGUUGGAGAACAUUAAAAGGAAGGUUUCAUCUUCAAAACCAGAAGAAAAUAAAAUUCGCCAGGAAGAUUUAACAAAAAUUAUAAGUAGUGCUCAGAAGGUUCAAAUAAAACAGGAAACAAUUGAGUCCAGACUUUCAGAAUUAAAAAGUGAGAAUGAGUCCCUUUGGAAGGAGGUGUCUGAAUUAAGAGCAAAGCAUGCACAGCAGCAACAAGUUAUUCGAAAGAUUGUCCAAUUUAUUGUUACAUUGGUUCAGAAUAACCAACUUGUGAGUUUAAAACGCAAAAGGCCUCUACUUCUGAACACUAAUGGAGCCCAGAAGAAGAAUUUAUUUCAGCACAUAGUCAAAGAACCAGCUGAUAAUCAUCAUCAUAAAGUUCCACACAGUAGGACUGAAGGUUUAAAGCCAAGAGAGCGGAUUUCAGAUGACAUUAUUAUUUAUGAUGUUACUGAUGAUAAUGCGGAUGAAGAAAAUAUCCCAGUUAUUCCAGAAACUAAUGAGGAUGUUAUAUCUGAUACCUCCAACUGUAGCCAGUACCCUGAUAUUGUCAUUGUUGAAGAUGACAAUGAAGAUGAGUAUGCACCUGUCAUUCAGAGUGGAGAUCUGAGUGAACCAGCCAGAGAAUCCCUAAGUUCAGGCAGUGAUGGCAUCAACCCUCUCAUGUCUAGUGCUGUCCAGCUAAAUGGUUCAUCCAGUCUGACCACAGAAGAUCCUGUGACCAUGAUGGAUUCCAUUUUGAAUGAUAACAUCAAUCUUUUAGGAAAGGUUGAACUGUUGGAUUAUCUUGACAGUAUUGAUUGCAGUUUAGAGGACUUCCAAGCUAUGCUGUCAGGAAGACAGUUUAGCAUAGACCCAGAUCUCCUGGUUGAUCUUUUCACUAGUUCUGUGCAGAUGAAUCCCACAGAUUACAUCAAUAAUACAAAAUCUGAGAAUAAAGGAUUAGAAGCUACCAAGAACAAUGUAGUUCAACCAGUUUCAGAAGAAGGAAGAAAAUCUAAGUCUAAACCAGACAAGCAGCUUAUCCAGUACACUGCCUUUCCACUUCUUGCAUUCCUCGAUGGGAAUCCUGCUUCUGCUGUUGAACAGGGGAGUACAACAGCAUCAUCAGAAGUUAUGUCCUCUGUAGAUAAACCCAUAGAAGUCGAUGAGCUUUUGGAUAGCAGCCUGGACCCAGAACCAACCCAAAGUAAGCUUGUUCGCCUGGAGCCAUUGACUGAAGCUGAAGCUAGUGAAGCUACACUGUUUUAUUUAUGUGAACUUGCUCCUGCACCUCUGGAUAGUGACAUGCCACUUUUAGAUAGCUAAAUCCUAAGAAGUGGACUCAACAUGUAUAUAUUCAUCAAAAUGAUGAACUAUUUAUUUUAAAGUAUCAUUUGGUACUUUUCUUUUGUAAAUUGCUUUGUUUUGUUUAAUCAGAUACUGUGGAAUAAAAGCACCUUUUGCUUUUCUCACUAACCAUACACUCUCGCAAAGCUUUGAAAUGUUACUCAGCUGCCUAGAUAUACACAAAAUUCAGUGCACAUUAUUGGCAAAUCUUUAAGUUGGAUUCAGAUGGCCAUGUUUUCUCCAGUUGUAAUUUGGAUUUCAUUUUACAGAUAUGACCAUUAACAACAGUUAUUUUUGUUUUACUUGUUUGAUGGUGUCUGUCUGCGUUUGAGCGUAAGUCACUAGAACUAAUGAUAGAACUUCUAAAGCUUUCUCUGUUCCAAUUAUUUUUAUUAAAUAUUUUUCACUUGGCUUAUUUUUAAAACUGGGAACAUAAAGUGCCUGUAUCUUGUAAAACUUCAUUUGUCUCUCUUGGUUCGAAGAAGUUCAUUUAUGUUUGGAGUUCAUUCAUGUUCAACAGGAAGUGCAAAGUGUACACAAAUACUCACAGAUAUGGUUCCAGCUCCAUAUACAUAGAAAGAAUGUGGGGAUGAGUUGGGAGUCUCAUCCACUUAGUUGGACUAGUUUUAAGUAAGUUUUCUGGUUUUGUGUUUUUUUGAACCAUACUAUUUAGUAAAAUAAAUAAUAAUGAAUGUUGAGUA